AUGAAUUAUAAUCUCAAAACUUUCGACACCAUUAAAUGGUUACGAAAUCGUUACAAGGCUAGAGUUAAAGAUAAAUACAUUCUCUAUGAAUCGGAACUCAGGGAAUAAAAUAUGAUGAAAGCAGUCUUUAACUCCAUAGACAGAGAUAAAUCAAAAUUUCUAGAUCGAUCUGAAUUGUAUGAUAUGUUCAUCAAAUAUGGAAUCAACAUCACCAAAUCCAAACUGAAAGAAUUCUUCAAAAGCAUUGACGAAGAUGAAGAUGAUAAAUUGAAUUGGACAGAUUUCAAGCAAGCUCUUCAAAAUCAAGAAGCUUUGAACAUGUUUGUUUAAUUAAUGAAGAAAAUUAGGGAGGAUUAUGAAAUCAAUCACUAUGACCCUUCACAACAACUAACUUUUGUUCCUUUGAGCUUUCCUCAAAUGAUACAAUAUAUGAAUUAUUGCGUGUUAAGAGAAGAGAUUAUUGAUAAGAUAGAAUCUGAUAAUAUCAAUAAUUAUUAAAAGCAUAAAUAAUGCGUUAAUCUUCUUACAUUAGAGGAUAGUUGCUACAGGAAUAUUAAAUCUGAUUAGAAUGAGGAAGAGGGUGGGGAUGAUCAAAUCAAGAAUAUAUAGAAAAUGGAUCAUGCACAACUAUUGUAGAUGAAAAGAUUCCAAGAAAGAGAACUCAAAUUUAAGAGAUUAGAAAAAGUCAAAGACAUAAGCAAACGAAAAUUUUACACAAAUCCAACCCAAGACUUAGGUGUAACUGACACUGUUAGAUUAUCAGACAUUACGCAACUUAGAACUAAUCUCACUUAAGAAAUUACUAGAACGAGGGGCAAUAUUGAUAAAUUUUUAGCCAUUCUCAACAAUGAAAAAUUGAAAUAGCAAAAAUCAAGGCAAGCCUCUCGAGUCUCCUCCAGAUAAAAAUCAAGAGACAAGAAAACUACCAUUUUUAAAAAGAAUACAGUGCUAAUCGAAGCAUAAAAAGAAUUGCUGAAUUCAUCAGCUCCAGAGCAAACCAAAUUUAAAGAACUACACUAUGGGUCUAUUCAUAGAAGAAAAUACCCACGUGAAAGGAUGCUGUCAUUAGGUAUGAAAUAAAAAUGA